AAUGAAUGCCCUGCAUGCAGGUAGAGGAGCAAGCAAAAAGACAAAGCAGAAGAGAACCAGAUGAGAAGAGUACAUUGGAAGCAAAGAGGAGGAUUUCAACAAGGCUUGACUGUCAUUGCCUCUUACAGUUGGAAUGCCAAGGGCAGUUCUGUGCCAAGCCACAAAAGGAAUGAAAGCCCAGAACUUUCCCUAGGACAGCAACUUCCAUACGAGCUAAAGGCAAGCAUAAAAUCUGCCCUAAGGUAGUAACUUAGGAACUUCCUGUUGGUUCACAUUUCAAACAGAUUGUAUUUAAUUUUCACCGUACCCCUCAGAGCUCAGAGUGGACAGCCAGCGAUCAGGUCAGGAGACCCAGGGACAGGGCACUUGGCUGAGAACUGAAGCAGCGACCCCCUGGUUUCUAAUGAGAACAGCCAGCCAUAAUGGAACCCAAACCUCAGAAGAGUCCAGGCAAACAAUUUACAUUUUAUUAUGAAAAUGAAGUCUGCAAACAAGAUUACUUUAUUAAAUCACCACCUCCUCAGCUUUUCUUCUCUGCUUCCUCUUGGAAAAAGCGGUUUUUCAUUCUUUCAAAGAGUGGGGAAAGGAGCCUGCGUCUUUCCUACUACAAAGACCAACAUCGUCGAGGGUCCAUUGAAAUUGACCGAAAUUCCAGUGUAGAAGUUGGCAUAAGUGGCCGUGAAAAAAUGCAGUCUGUACAUAAGAUGUUUAAAUGCCGCCCUGAUGAGGUGAUGUCCAUCCGAACCACUAACAGAGAAUACUUCCUCAUUGCUCAGGACAGGGAGAAGAUUAAAGACUGGGUCAGCUUCGUGUCAUCAUUCUGCCACCAUGGAGAGCCAGCACGCCACAAUCCAGAGCAGGAGAAAUUCAAACUGUGUGGUAAAAGGCCCUCCUCCGAACCCAGCCCUCUCCUUGGUCCUUCCAGCACAUCAGAGGCUAUCGGCCCCACCACACCAAGAAACAGUCUUCCAGACAUGCAUUUAAUGGAAAAAAAUUCUCCAGGACUCAGACAAGCCCAUUUACUACGUUAUUUCUCGUCAGAGACUACUGAAGAUACAGAAGAGAGUCAUUAUAUUAGUCCUCAAAGUAUUCUUUUAGAGUUGGAUACUUUUGUUGCUUCCAAUGAUUCUGGUGAAUCUGCUGAAGCUGAUAGUCCAGACCAGUUCUCCAAGACAACUGAGGAUCACUACAUGUCAAUGAAAUCCUGUUUUUUCAGAGAGACAUCCCACGAGACUGCUGAUAGCGAAAAGGAAUCCCAGGCCCUUCCAGAGAGCCAGAAUAGCGGGCUUCACUUGCAAGAACAAGAUUCACAAAGUGACUCUUGUCUUCCACCUGCCAAUAUGGAAGCACAGACCACGAAUGACAAAAAGCGGUCGGCCUCACUUACUGUUGUGCAAUUAUCUAUACUAAUCAAUAACAUCCCUGAUGAAGGCCAAGUGGAGAAAUUAGAUGUGUUCCUUUCUCCUUCCGACAUCAUCAAUUAUCUUACUCUCAUAGAAGCCGCAGGACAGAUAUGUGUGGCUCAGUGGCAAGGCCCCCUGCGCCUGGGAUGCUUAUUCUUUCACGGAGAUCAUCUUUUGGCCGUGAAUGACCUGAAGCCCCACGACCUGGACGAGGCCUCCUUGUUUCUCAGCCGGUCUGUCCAGAAGGAGAAAAUAAAACUCACCAUCGGCCGGAUCCCAAAUUCAGAGAAAUUCCAUGCUGUCGCCUGUACAUGCCCCUUAAAAGAUGAAGGUGUUGUACCUUUUCAAGUGGAUAGCUCUGGAUCAGGGAAGACACUGAAGAGGAGCCCAGCCAUUAGAAAGAAUCCGUGCAAAGGAAGUAGAGAGUAACAUGCCAGGACCCACUGCAGAGGAGCAAGGAUGGCCCUGGACUCUGCAGGGGCUCUGCUUCUCACCACUGUGUGUAGGAUGAGGCAAGUCAGCACAGAUCUCUGAUUUUCUGCAUCUACAUCUUAAUGGUGGGGAUAGCUCCCCUCUCUGGCUAUUGCAUCAGGGAUGUUGCGAGGGCCAAGGGUGGUAAUGACUAUGGAACACACACCUUAUUAUCUUUGACUUUGUCCCACACAGCACAGAGAUCGGGUAAGUCUGUCAUAUAAAAUGCACUGUGUUCUAUGAGGUCAUGCUCCACACAAUCCCUUCUUUGUCAGGGAACAUACAGUUGGAAAUAAAUGCUCAUUCCAGGAAGGCAAGUUUCCCGAGAGAUGCGAUAUCAUAUCAACCCUCCCAAACAACUCCUGCUCCUUGUCAUGCCCCUGGUCCAAAAUGCUGAGACAGAGCCGCCUCUUGGACUCAAUAAUUAUCUUAUUUUCUUAAGACCCAGUAACUAUUCUAGAAGUCGAAGCAGUUUUAGGUCAUAUACAGCAAAGAUCUGUUUUCUCUACAAGGAAUUAAGGCAACGACUUACCACUUCUAAGUUUGAAAGGUCUUAACUAACUGACGGUAAUUCAUUGAUCCUACAAGGCCAAAAACAUCAAAUCUUUUUCCAUAAACAGGAAAACAGAGGCAGAGAGAGAAAGGACUAAUCAUAUCUGGGAAUGGUAGAGCAUAAGGAGGCUUCAGAAAAUAUAUCUUACCAUGUUGUCAUCUUGUGCCAGAAGACAUCCAGGCCCCAUACGUUUAAUACAAACAAAACAGAAACAGACUCAUAAAUACAGAGAACAAACUGGUGGUUGCCAGAGAGGAGGGGGUGGGGGGACGGAGAAGGAGAUUAAAAGGUACAAACUUCCAGUUAUAAAAUAAGGAAGUCUCAGGGAUGAAAAGUGCAGGAUGGGGAAUAAAGUCAAUAAUACCGCAAUAACAUUGUAUCGUGAGUACACUUAACUGUGGUGAGCAGAGCAUAAUGUACAGGAUUGUUGAAUCACUCUGUUGUACACCUGAAACUAAUAGAACAUGGUAUGUCAAAAAGUAGCAACAGUAAUAAUAUACUUCCUCUGUGGUUCCCAGUUGCAUAGCCGUUUAGUGGCAGAACCAAGAAUCUAAAACCAGCUCUGAGAAACAGAUGUCCUGAUCCUCACUUUGUAUUUGGACUGAGGUUUGAAAAGACCUUCAGCAGAUAGAAGACACAUUCAAAUACAGAUCUGUUAUCCAGAUUGUCUAAAAAUUUUUACCUACUGUUUCUUUUUUUAAGCUGGAUUGAAAACUCUGCUUUCUCCCUGGUUUUAUUGAAAUGUAAUUGACAUAUGGCAUUGUAUCAGGUCAAAGUAUACAAUGUAAUGAUCUGAUGUGUGUAUAGUCACCUACUGUUUCUACUUCCGGAAAUCUGUCCUACAGAAAUACUCAACACACAGAUUGUUUUGUAAUGUUCACUGUAGCAUUGUGUAAUAAAAAAAAAAUUAUUCAGGGAUUGUUUAAUUAUGAGGACUUCAUGGGAUGGGAUGCUCUGCAGAUGUUAAAUGUUCAGUUAAAUGUGCAGUCACAGGAAGAUGUUUACAAUAUAGUGAGAAUGACAAAAGCAAGUUGUGGGGGGGCGCCUGGGUGGCUCAGUCGGUUAAGCUUCUGCCUUUCGGCUCAGGUCACAAUCUCAGGGUCCUGGGAUCGAGCCCCACAUCAGGUUCCUGGCUCAGCAGGGAGCCUGCUUCUCCCUCUCCCUCUGCCACUCCCCCUGCUUGUGCUCUCUCUCAAAUAAAUAAAUAAAAUCUUUAAAAGAAAAACGCAAGUUGCAGAACAGUGGGCAUGACAUUGUUAUAUUCUUACAAAAAUAAAUUAUUGGUAUUUACAUAUAUGUAUGUGUGUAUACAAAAUUUCCCCAACCCUAAUAAGAGAGAAAUGCCUACCUCAUCAGGUUGUCAUGAGGUUUAAAUGGGUGAUGAACGGACAGCAGCUAGUACGCUGCCUGGUUCAUAGUGAGCACUCAGUGCUGGUUAUGAAGCUGCCGCUUUGACAAUGCUGUUUUGUGCAGUAAGAAUCAUGAGAAGUAGGAGCAAGAAUGAGC